CCAACAUACAAGUCCAAAAUUUCGAUCUCAAGUAUAUUUUUCACUUUCUAUAGAAACUAUUUUUAAUUUUCCAUUCUUAAAUUUCAUUUUCAAAAUGCAUUCUCAAAAACAAUAAUUUGUAAAUUUACCAACACAAUAGAACGAUCUUCGCACCGAUAGAUCGUUGCCGUGAAUACUGAGCUUUGAAUUGGGAAAAUUGAUGAUGACAGUACCGAAAUUUGUGUGUAGUGAUUAUUGUUGAAGAAAAGACAGACUCCGAUGGAUGUUAAAGUUAUAGUGUUUACAAAAAAAGUAAAUUGAUUGCACAGAAAGGACUGCAACUGCAUACUGUUGAUCGUAUCAUAAAACUAUGAUAAAAAAAGUGAAAAUAAAAAUAAUGCAAACAUUUAGUGAACAAAAACUAUAAAAAGGUUUGAUUGCAUUUCCAUGCACGAAUCCUUUUCUAUUUGAGUUUCAUUAAUACAAAAAGAUCGUGUGCUUCUGUUGCUCAAUCAAUUUCGUUUUCAACUUAUUCUUCAUCCGUUCUUUUUCGUUGUUGUUGGACAAAAAUCAUGGCAGACUUCGAUGCCAUCUAUCAAGAUGAAAUUGUUGACGAAGUCCUGGAAGAAGUUGUUGCCUUGUCUCCGGAGCCAAUCGUUAUACGCGGGGCAGGAAACAUGACUGUUUUUGGCUUAAGUAAUCGGUUCAACGUCGAAUUUCCAGCUGGUUUGGUCUCUCGUGUAGCGCCCGAAGAGUUCAAGGCCACAAUACAGCGGAUAAAUAGCGUACUAAAGAAAACACUACCAUUAAAUGUGAAAUGGUUAUUUUGCGGUUGCAUAUGUUGUUGUUGCACUCUAGGUUGUUCAUUGUGGCCUGUGAUAUGUUUAAGCAAACGAACACAACAUACUCUAAAUAAACUGCUGGAAUGGGAAAAUAGUCAUCUGUACCACAAACUUGGACUGCGAUGGCGACUCACAAAGCGACAAUGCGACUCCAAUUCAAUGAUGGAAUAUGUUUUGUUAAUAGAAUUUGUACCUAAGACACCAAUUUAUCGUCCCGAUUAAUCAUUCCCGAAGUAUCGUCCCAACCUCGCAACAAUGAUUAACACCACACACACCUAUCAUCAAUCUCAUCAACCCUUAUAUGCCAAUUUAUUUUAGUUUAGGUAAUGUUUAAAGAGAAAAUGCGAAUUAAUUUUAUGGAAACAAAAUGAGUCAGAGAAUAUGUUUGUUUGCGUUGGAGGAAUUAAUGGAAUUUGAAUGGAACGGUGUGUAUAUAAUGCAAAAUGAUAGAACUUUGAGUGAAGAAUUUCGUUUUACAGACCUAAGUUUUUAUUCGAUUUUACUUUCAAGUUUGUUUGCCGUCACGAAUCGCAAGAAAUUUUUUAUUUUUCAUUUGUGGCAUUUUUCCUCCAUACAAAAUGAAAAAGUUUUUUUUUACAAUUCAUUUCAUCCCUUCCAUGAAUCCUAAUUUAUUUGUAAAAUAAUAAAAAAAUGAAGAAAAAAAAAUUGAAUGAUAUCAUUAACAAAA